CACGCGGCCCCUCCGUCUGAGCCAAACAGCAAAGGUUUUAGACUAAGUCCCACCCCCCUGUGUCCGGAUAGGUUUACAAUUUAAAGGUCCAGGCAAACCUCUGCCCAUGCUACCAUCUUCUCGACCAAUCAACAUAGGUUGCUGUGUAUGUUUUUGGCGGCGGGAGAUAAACAAAGAGAGACGAGAGAGUAAUACUGAAGAAGAGUAAUUUUGCCAGCGUAAGAGAAAUAAAUACAACACGAGAUAUCUAGAUACAGUCACACACAUACACAUACAUACAUAUACACACACCGCAAGACAAAUUCAAACCAACAUGUCAAAACGGCGUUACACUACGGAAGAAGCCAUAGCAUUUAUUUUGUCUGGCGGACCGCUUAGCGAUGCAGCAGUGGAUUCCUCAGAUUCUGAAGCUGACAGCUGGCGUGAUGAAGAGGAGUAUGAUCACGGGAUUGAUCCCUUCGAAGAUAAAAAUCCAGAGGAUGAGAGAGAGGAUGCACAAGCCACUGUCCCCAUCAGUAGGCCUCCUUCAAACCGAGAGGGAAAAGAAUGUGGCCAGGAGGGUGCAGCAUCCAGAAAAAAGGCCAAACCAAUGCCAGCCCCCCUGACAGUGAAAGGGAGAGGAAGAGGAAAAGGGAAAAAAACAUCUCUGACCCCAGAAGAGCCAGGAGCUGUUUGGAACGGACCUGAGGUGCCAGAUACUGCCCAACAACUACCACACUUUUGCCUGAAAAGAGCCCCUGGAGUCCAAGGUUUUGUUGGUGUGGAGUAUACUCCUGCACAAAUAUUUAGACAUUUUUUUAACAACCAAGCUGUAAAUAUCAUCUGCAAGAACACAAACAAAAAUGCUGAAAAGGAGCAGGCUAAGGGGAAAAAGUUUGUUUGGGAAGAGCUAAAGCCGGUAAAAUUCCUCAUGUAUGUCGGCCUUAUGAUGUUCAUGGCACUUCUAAAACUGCCAAAAGUAAGAGACUACUGGAGGAAGGGAUCACACCUAAGUGUUCUCUUUCCUGCUUCUGUCAUGACAAGAGACAGGUUCAUGGCAAUCAGCAGAGCUGUACACCUGAGCGACCCAGACCAUGAUUUGGCAAAUGACCGGAAAAAGGACACCCCAGAGUACGAUCCACUCCAUCGCCUAAAACCACUUCAAGCCACCAUAAAAGAGGCAUGCAAGGCAAUGUGGCAGCCUAGGAAAGAAAUUUCAAUUGAUGAACGGAUGGUGGCCACAAAAGCCAAAAUUGGACUGAGGCAGUACAUGAAAGCCAAGCCAACUAAGUGGGGUGUGAAGCUGUUUGUGUUAGCAGACUCCAGCAAUGGGUAUACCAUCGAUUUUUCCAUCUAUACUGGAAAGAGCCGCUUCAUUUCAGGGCAGGGUCUCUCUUAUGAUGUUGUCAGCGGCCUAAUGGAUAAUUCCUACUUGGGGAGAGGUUACCAUCUUUUUGUAGACAAUUUCUACACCAGCCCAAAACUUUUUACUGACCUAUUUGCAAGGGGUUUUGUGGCAUGUGGUACAUUCCGCGACAAUCGGAAAAACGUGCCUAAAUCAAAAUUGAAUGCGCUAACCUCAAAGAGCCCCAGGGGCUCAAUGCGAUGGCUCAGAGAGAAGGAGCUUUUGUUUGUGAAGUGGAUGGAUACGAGAGAGGUGUCAGUGUGCUCUACAAUACACCAAGCCUUCAAUGGAGACACUGUCACCAGGAAUGUGUAUGCUAAGGAAACGGGGAAAUGGCAAAAACAAAACAUGGCACCUCGUUGUGUGGUUGAAUAUAAUAAAUACAUGGGUGGGGUGGACUUGUCAGACCAGCUCAUCCAAUACUAUUCAGUCCACAAGAGGUCCAACAGGUGGUACAGGACACUACUGUACCACUUUAUAGACAUUGCUGCAACCAACAGCUAUAUUCUGCACAAGGAGAUGUGUCUGUCCUCAGGGUCAGUGGCCAUGUCCCACGCCCAGUUCAUGGAGGAGCUGUCUGCAGAGCUGUGUGGAGUCCCAAUUGGCAGCUUUGUGCCACCCACAGGGGCACAGUGCUUGCCAGAGUCAAUGUCCUGUGCAGAGGAGGAGGAGGGAAUUGACUCAUUUGCGAGACGGAGGUCGGGAGACACAGCAACAAAAGAAAUUGCUUCAGCAAGUGGCAUAGCAGCCGCACGAAGUUCAUGGAGCAAGCUGUUCCAGACAGAAUUAAGUACAUUCAAGCUCAGAAGCUAUGCUUUGGAUGUCUCGAGACUGGCCAUCAGUCAAGGAGCUGCCACAGUAGGAGUGUAUGUGAAGUGUGCAAGAAGCAACAUCCUACCUGUCUGCAUGAAGAGCGUACAAAUCAAGAAAGAUACAAAGAAAUACCUCAACCAACACAACAAGAAGAAAGAACCACAGCGGCUACUUCCAACAGAGUAA